AGAGAAGAGCAACCAAAAUGAUUAGGGGACUGGAGGCAUAUGAAGAACGGUUGCUGGAAUUGGGUUACUGGAAAGGAACUUCCAACAUAUCUUUGCCAUCUUAAAAGCCAUAGAGGAGAUCAACCAAAACUCCCUGCUGUUGCCCAAUAUUUCUCUCGGCUACAGCAUCUACGAAAAUUGCUUCAGCACAAGGACAACCUAUGAAGCCACCAUAGAUAUAGUUUCUUCUGGUCAUGGGAUGGUCCCUAAUUUCAAGUGUGGAAGGGAAGACAAUCCCUUGGCUGUGAUUCAAGGAGGGGACUUUGAAACCUUCUUUCAGAUGGCUACCAUGUUAAGCAUUUACAAGAUCCCUCAGAUUGUCAAGGAAGACAUGGAAAAGGGGCCUUCUGAGAAGAAACACAGCAGGCUUCCUCCCAGGUUGGCCUGAGAAAGGAAUGUCUCUGGAGAGCUACAACAUCUACCAUGCAGUCUAUGCUGUGGCACACGCCCUCCAGAAUAUCUUCACAUCUUUAUCUAGCCAUGUUGUCAUUCCAAGAGAAGACAAGGUAGAUCUUCCAAACCUUCUACAACCAUGGCAGCUUCACCGUUUUCUGAAAACUGUCCGCUUUAACACUACCACUGGAGAAGAGGUAUUUUUUGACGCAGAUGGGGAGUUGGUGGCCGAUUAUGACAUUGUGAAUUUGGUUGUAUUUCCAAACAAGUCGGCUGUACGGAAGACCGUGGGAAAACUAGAGACCCUGGUCUCUGCAGGUCCAGUGAUGAGCAUUCAGGAAGAGGCUGUUGUGUGGCCCAGCUCGUUUAAUCAGGGCUUCUUUAAGGCAGAGAGUUUAUUCAACAUGAAUCGUCAACCGCACCAUCUGCCAAAACCAAGCGUUCACCCCACAUUAAUAUCAACUCAGCCCAAAGAUGCUCCAUCUUUCUUCUGGCCCAGAACUGUUUUUUUGAUAUUGCUGGUAGCAAGCAUUGCUCUGAAGUGCACUGUGAUCGCUCUGAUGUUUUCAGGUUCGCAAGUUCCUAGUGAAGGAAUCAAGGCAAGGAAAGGGAUCCAAAGUUGUCUACAGAAAUGUAUUCCUUGUGGAUCGGCUAAAGGCCACAUAACAGCAAAUCUGACCCUGAAUCCAAGCACAGCACAUCCCCAGCUCUACGUAUCCUCCGAUUUGAAAAGCGUAAAAUGGAGAGGCAUGAAUCAGCAAGUGAACGGCAGUCUUCUGAGAUAUGACGUUUUGGCCAGCGUCCUAAGCCACGAGAGCUUUAAUUCUGGGAAGCUUUGCUGGGAGGUAGAGGUGGUGGAGGAAGGGGAAUGGUGGGGGGUGGGGAUUGUUAGGGAAUCUGCAAACAGAAACGGGGCAAUUCUCCUCGAUCCUCGAGGGGGUUACUGGGGAGUGCAGCGAAUUAAUGGGAAGCAUCAAUCAAUCACUCAGCCCAGGACAAAUUUGACAUUGUGCCAUUCCCCAAGAAGGAUCCGAGUUUCUUUGGACUAUUUAGAAGGUCUUGUGGCAUUUUUUGAUGGCGAUACGAAUGCUGAAAUCUUCACUUUUCCAAAAGCAAAUUUUGCUGGAGAGAAGAUUCAUGCGUGGUUCUUGAUCUUUAAGUGGAAAGCACAACUUCUCCUCCACCCGUGACACAAUGGGACAAAGACCAUCAUCCUGUUGGAAGAACUUCAGACCACCUGCCUUAAUCUCUCUUCCAUUUCUUCUCUUUCUCUCUGCCUUCCUGUACGAUGUGCCCUUCGAUUGUCAUGAAUGAAAGCAAAUAUACGUAUCCUAGGAUAACAUUGCAGGAUCCAAUCUGGAUUCUUUCGACUUUUUUUAAUGCUUUUGUUCCCCUCCUUCUCUGUUAUCAGCUUUUUAAAUUCUAAAUCAAGUAAUAAACUGCAUUUCAAGUAAUACUUCUAAACUCAAAGAUUAGAAGGGAUAAAUCAUGUUUCAACCUGUCUCCUAUAUUUGAGAAUGAGUGUACUAGAAAGGACUAGGACACAAAUAAUUAUCUUGACUUUGAGAGUUCACUUGCCAAAACCAUGUACCUUGCAUCCAUUGGAUCUCUUUAUGCUUCUGGCCACUGGGAGUUGAAGUCCACAAGUCUUAAAGUUGCCAAGUUUGGACACCCCUGCAGUAGGAGAUGCAUAAAUUGGGGGGGGGGGAAUCCUUGGUUUUGGAGGAAUAGAAAUAGAAUGGAUGGAACCAGAAUGAACACUACAUUUAAUUCCCAAUGACAUGUUGACCCUAACAUACUUUAUGCUUGAUGAGUGAGAGAGCCUAAUUAUCUACUGCAGGGGUGUAAAACUCAAGGCCCGCAGGCCCGAUCCAGCUGUGGAGUGCUUAGAUCUGGCCCACUGGGCUGCCCUGGAAACAGCGAAGGACUGGCCCAUGGUGCCUCUGCCAGCAAAGACGGAGCUCGGGAGGGACACACACAGCCCUCCAGAGCUCCAUUUUUGGCUGUGGCUGCUUCCUGCAGCCUUGUGCCAGCGAAAAUGGACCUCGGAAGGAUCACACACAGCCCUCCCAAGCUCUGUUUUUGCGGGCAGAGCACUUGGGUCCCCACAGGCUCCCCUGACAUGACUGAUGUAAAGCUGGGCCUUCCCACCCUGGCCAGUCCCACCCAGCCCCCUGAAGUCAAACACAACCCUGAUGCGUCCCACAAUGAAAUCGAGUUUGACACCCCUGGACUAAAACCUGGGUUUCCUCAUUCCAGUCUAGUGCCUUCACCAUUACACCACUCUGGCUAUAGGACUGAGAACAGAAAUGGACAGAGUACAGCAAUUGUCAUUUGAGGGAACUUCAAGGCGGCUCCCAAAUUACAAUACAGAUAAUCUUCAACUUACGUCCACAAUUAAGGCCAAAGUUUCUGUUGCUAACCAAGACAGUUGUUAAGUGAAUUUUGCCCCAUUUUAUGACCUUUCUUGCCAGAAUCCAUAAGUGAUUCGCUGCAGUUAUUAAGCUAGUAACACGGUUGUAAAUUGAAUCUAGCUUCCACAGUGACUUUGUUUGCCAGAAAGUCACAAAAAGUGAUCCCAUGGCCUCAGGGAUACCCCAAAUCAUCAUAAGUAUGAAUCAAUUGCCAAGGGUCUAAAUUUUGUUCACGUGACCACAGGGAUGCUGUAAUGGUCGUUAAGUGUGAAAAAUGGUCAUAAGUCACUUUUUCCCCGCAGUUGGAAAUUUGAAUGGUCAGUAAAUGAACUGUUGUAAAUUGAGGACUAUCUGUAUGCAGAAUAACUCAUGUUCCCACAGAACCCUCACUGACAAUAGAGUCCUGACCAUUACCUGGAAUGAGUCUUCUAUCACUAAUUUAUUAUGAGAGGCUAAUUAGGAGAUGGGGCAGCUAUCCCGUUUUUCCAGUGGUGAAAUUCAAAUUUUUUUACUACCGGUUCUAUGGGCAUGGCUUGGUGGCCAUGGUGUGGCUUGGUGGGGGUGGCUUGGUGGGCAUGGCAGGGGA